AUGGCUUCCACGAGAUCAGUUCCGUUUCCAGGUCGCCUUUGGUUGAGAUUGUGUGUGAAGAGUUUACUCUUCUCUAGUGUGCUUUGUAGUGCCUUUUUCUACCCACAGGAUGCUUAUAAGACACAAUAUUACUACAAUAACGCCAUCCCAGUGCAGAGUGAUACUCGACCACAGCAGUAUCCAGUAGCAAGUGGUUAUGGCACCGGUUAUCAGGAUUCACCGGCACCGGUAUAUCCUUACACAGGGACUGGCGAAGGAUACAAUCAAAAUGUGAACUAUUACGGUGUACCUGGAUAUGAUGACUAUCAAUACCAGGGUCACAAUCGAUACGCUUCGAGUGAUUCCUAUGCUCGUCAGUACUGGAAUGAAUACUACCGUCGAAAGUACUACAACGCUGGUGGAAGUAGAAGGAGACAGGAUACAAUCCAAGAGACUACAACUGCCGCCAUAACUACCACGCCAAUGCUGAGGAGUGUGCCACGAAAGAAGAAACUGUUUGUCCCGAACGUAUGGGGAUAGUGAAGGAGAAGUUGGGCGAUAAA